UAACUGUGUAGACCAGAUUAAUUGUUAUCGCUGGCCUUGGCCGAUCUGUCAUUGACUUGAGUAAUCUUGGCACCACGAAGGUUUACCCCAGCCAGGUUUUUUUUCCCUCAGUGACAUUGAGAAUGGAAACAGUAGAGGAUUUCCCCCGGGACACAGGAUGGUCCUGGGUCGUUCUUGUGGCCUCAAUGACCGCGUGCUUCCUGGAAAUGGGUACCUACAAAUGUUUUGGGAUUUACAUGAAUGCUUACCUGGAAGAAUUCAACACGUCAGUGACUAUUGUGUCAUUAAUCUCAGGAAUUUUCUCAAUUUCAUUUUGCAUAGCAGUUCUACCGGUGACGGUGUUCGGAACUGAACGAUUCAGCUGUCGGACAAUGGUCAUUUAUGGAGGAUUCGUUCUAUUUGUCGGGUAUAUCUUGAGCAGUAUUGCCCCUAGUAUUGAACUCGUGAUGCUGGCACAAGGGGUUUUAGCAGCAAGUGGUUCGGCCGCAAUACAUCCACCAACUUUAAUUAUACUGGGAAGGUAUUUCGAUAGAAGAAGAGGGUUUGCGAAUGGCUUGGCAGUAGCAGCCGGUAGUUUGGGAGGGAUGGUCACGCCUAUUGUGUUCACCAAGUUAAUGGAGGAAUAUUCCGUCAGGGGCGCUCUACUCAUUCAGGCAGCUUUACUGUUUAAUAUCGUGGCUGCCGCAUCUUUGUUUCGUCCAACAGAACUCACUACAAAACUGUACCACUUAGAUCAACAGAAAAAGAAACGAAAAGAGCAAACCGAACUACUUACACCAGAAAAUAUUAAUGAUAAGGCUAUAAAUGGGAGCCUUCUAGUGAAAGAAGUCCAAAAUGGUGUGGGCCACAGUGGCAAAGAGGAAAAUGGAUCGUUAGUUCCAAAUUUUCAUUCAGUGGAACAUAUUUCUAUUAGAGAAAUUCACACCCCACGUUUAUCAUAUCUGAGAAAACCAAUAGAACACCAUCAAAGUACCUCCACCGUGUCACAGUUUAGUAGUAUUCACAGUAUCAUGUCGCCGUCUAUAGCAGACCUCCACUUAGCAUCAACAACAAAACAAUCAGAAUACGACUCUGACGAAAAAUGCUCAUGUGUGAACACUUUUUUGAAAAUAAUGGAUGUCAGGAUGUUAAAGAAUAAACUCGUGUCUUUGUUUACCAUUGUUUUCUGUGCGGGUUCUAUAGGAACUUGUCUCGGUGUCAUAUUUGUAGCGCCAUUGGCCCGGGAUCAGAAUCUCACCAAGGAUGAAAUAGCAAUAGCCACCGCUUUAGUCAGUGGAUCCGAAUUUUUCUUUCGGAUUUUCCUUGGAUUAUUUGCAGAUAUGGAUGUGAUAGAGAGAUACCGUAUUGUUCAAAUCUCUCUGUUUGGAACCGGUGCUGUUUUACUGUCAUCUGUUGUGAUAAAAUCCUUCUGGCAGUUUACGAUCUUUAGUACACUGUACGGGUUAUUUAGCGGUCCCCUGAUCUCCAUGUAUGCACCGGUCUGCAUAGAUUUUGUGGGAUUAGAGAAUUUUCACCGAGUAAUUGGAAUUUUGAUGUCCUUUCAGGGAAUAUUUCUCGGGGUAUUUGGACCCUUAGUAGGUGUAAUGAGAGAUUUGUUUGGUUCAUAUGUCCCAGCCUUCCAAAUGAUGGCAUCGCUAACAAUUUUUGGAGGGCUGCUGUUAUUCUUUGUUCCAUGUUUGCGCAAGCAAGAGACCUUAUCAGACGUUGUGGUUAACAAAGAUCUCAUACUCGAAAACGGCGCUAAAGAGUAGAGUUCUGUUUUGUUAA